AUGAUUUCUAAUACAGACUCUAGUUCAGCUAUUUCUGAGAAAAUUAUUUAGACCUUACCCUUACCUCAAUGCCGCAAACAUAUGAUGCAAUUAGAUUAAGUGUGCGCAAAUGAUCAAUGCCCUUUAUAAUGGCGUCUUAUCUGCUAGGAAUGCAUUAAAGAAAAUCACUUAUCUCAUCACACUGAUAUUUUAGAGUUAAAAAAAUUUUUAAUUGCUCUUUAAAAUAAAAUUACCUAAGUAAACACUGAAAACAAAUUACUUCAAGAUAAUUUAGAAUCCCUAUUUAUUCAAAACAGUGAGCACUUAUCUAAAUUGAAAGAAAAGAUAUAAUUCUACACAGAUGCAUAAAACACUAUGUAGAAUGCUUUCAAAAUCAUUAAAGAGUAGGGAAACAAUAAGAUUAGAUAAGUCGAAAACUAGUUAAACGAGUUUGUUAAACAAACUAGCUACACAGGAAAGAAUGGUGAAGAAGAAAUUAACAAUCGCAUUAAAGGUAUAAAGAAUAGUACUUCUAUUAUAAAAGACCUUAAAUUCUACGAACUCCAACGUAUUUAAGAACAAAAUAGAAGUGUGUAAAAUAAUUUCCGCCACAUUCUCACAGUACUUGACGGUGCUAUCAAUGACUCAAAUGUUAUAUAAAAUACUUUUGAAAAUACUUCCAUUUCCACAUCCGAUAUGAUUAAGAUAAAACAAAAAAAUUAAGAGGAAAAAAAUAUUGCUAAAAUUUCUGAAAUAUUCCCUACUGUAAAGGGUAAAGCCAAAAAGAGAGAUAUAAUCAACUUCGUCAAUUGGGAUUCUGAAAGCAAGGAACUUAAAUAUCGCUAGUUAGAUAUCUCAAAAUAGUUUCUGAUUAUGGCAAAUUUAAAGCCAAUAAAAGGAAAUUGA